AUGCGGCGAACGCGGGGAGCCGUCUGCGUUUUUCUUUUUCUUUUAGUUACUCUGAUCGGCGCCGACGUGACGACAGCGUCGCCGUUCCGUGAGUACUCCAAGGAACACUUGUUCCUGCUCCAGCGCAGGGGGGCGCUGGCGCGCUCGGACUACCACGUUCUCCGCUCACUCCCGGCAUCACGUCAGCAGCUGCAGCUGCGGGACGUCAACGCCAUGAGUGUGGCCCAGCUGAAGGGCAUGCUGCGCGACAGGGAGACAAGCUGCGUUGGGUGCGUGGAGCGCAGGCAGUUGGUGGAACGUGCUCUUGAGGUCCAGCACUGGCCGACGCUUGAUGAACGUGUUGCGGACGAGCUGGUGGCACUGGAAAACACCCCACUGGAUCCUGCGGCGUAUGAGGAAAGCGUGAGGCUCCUCAUGGAGGCGUCGCAGGAUAUGCGCUGCCAUAGCGCGGCGAAUGGAACCAUGGUCUGUGUGCGCGAUGCGGAGUAA